CUGCUCGGUCUGAUUGCCGGACUGGAUACGCCGUCGAGCGGCGAGAUCGUGAUCGACGGUGUGGAGAUCACCGGUCUCGACGAGGAUGGCCUCGCUCUGCUGCGCGGGGCGAAGAUCGGGUUCGUGUUCCAGUUCUUUCACUUGAUUCCGGCGCUGACGGCGUUCGAAAACGUGCUCGUGCCGCUCGAGAUCGCCGGCGAGGCGCGGGCCGCCGAGAAAGCUGCCGCGCUGUUGCGCGACGUCGGCUUGACAGACCGCGGCCACCACUAUCCGUCGCAACUGUCGGGCGGCGAACAACAGCGGAUCGCGAUUGCGCGCGCGCUGGCCAACGAUCCGCCAAUCCUGUUGGCCGACGAGCCGACCGGCAACCUCGAUUCCGCCAAUUGCCGCCAUGUGGUCGAUCUCCUGCUCGGCGUCAACCGCGCCCGCGGGACGACGAUCGUCAUGGUGACCCACGACGCCGAGCUGACCGCCCGCUCCGACGCCGUGCUGACCAUGCGCGACGGCCGGACGACCGUGGCGGCCGUGCGCGCAUGA